GUCACUGCUUCCAGAAGGGCCCGGAAGACAGAGGAGGCACUGCCUCCACUUCAGCACUUCACCCACCAUGCAGAGCAUCAAAUGUGUGGUGGUGGGUGAUGGGGCUGUGGGCAAGACAUGCCUGCUCAUCUGCUACACAACCAAUGCCUUCCCCAAGGAGUACAUCCCCACCGUGUUCGACAACUACAGCGCCCAGAGUGCAGUUGAUGGGCGCACAGUGAACCUGAACCUGUGGGACACUGCGGGCCAGGAGGAAUACGACCGCCUCCGUACACUUUCCUACCCUCAGACCAAUGUCUUUGUCAUCUGUUUCUCUAUUGCCAGUCCACCCUCUUACGAGAACGUGAGGCACAAGUGGCAUCCAGAGGUGUGCCACCACUGCCCUGACGUGCCUAUCCUCUUGGUGGGCACCAAGAAGGACCUGAGAGCCCAACCUGAUACCCUACGGCGCCUCAAAGAGCAGGGCCAAGCACCCAUCACACCACAGCAGGGCCAGGCACUGGCCAAGCAGAUCCAUGCUGUGCGCUACCUUGAGUGCUCAGCAUUGCAGCAGGACGGCGUCAAGGAAGUGUUUGCAGAGGCUGUCCGAGCUGUGCUCAACCCAACGCCGAUCAAGCGUGGGCGGUCUUGCAUCCUCUUGUGACCCUGGCAGCUUGGAGGCCCCCCCACCCCCACCAGUUGUGCCUUGGCGCCUUGUUUGCCCCCAGCUGUGCCUUAAGGACUAAUUCUGGCACCCCUUGCCAGGGGGCUCCCUGAAUGCCUUUUUCUGCUCAAGGAGGCAUACAGGGAAAGGGCCUUUGGGCCCUGCCCCAUUCUGCUUGGGAACACCAGGUAUUCCAUGAGCUCACCCAAGCCAAGGUUGAGCCUCCCAAGAGGCCAACCCAGUGCUACCCCUCCAGUUUCUGCUACUGACCAAUUCAUCCAGCUUUCCACAAGAUUGUUGCUGCCUAUUAUGGUGCCUCCUCUCAGGUUAGGGCUCUCAGCCCUCUCUAACCUCUGCCUUUGCUCUUGGAGUUGUCCCUCCAAGAUGCUCUCUCCCUUCUCCAAGGGAGGAACCACAGAAUCCUGAGAAGAAAAAUGUGCCUUAACCUGCCCCAUGUGCCCAGGCCUUAUGCGUCCGCUGACUGACUCAGCCCCCCUGUGCUCCUGGGGGCCUUUCCUACCCCCAUCAGCAUCAAUAAAACCUCCUGUCUCCA